AUGUCUUCGGCCGAAGCAGAAGACACGGACGAGGAGCUCGAUCCGUACCUGCAGCUGGAGGAAGAUCUGCGGAACAUAAAAUCCGUGAUUCAUGUUACACGUGAAAACAUCGAUGCACUAAAUGCAAAAUUUGCCGACUUCCAGCAGCCGCCGGCGCUGUACCUGGAGGAGUACCAGGAACUAACGUCGAAACUGCACGAUCUUGAAAUCAAGGAACAGGACCUGAUAGAGAAGAAAAUACAGCUGCAAAAUGAACAGUUAAGCGAACCUAGUGAACCACCGGACCCGGAGGAACGGGUGGAGACCGAAAGCAUGUGCGGCACACUGAGCAGACAGUCGAAGAUGUUGCUUCGAGCAUUCCUACCGAAUCAGCAGCGCACAUCCGUGCAGGUUAUUCCGGGGAUGCGGUUAAAGGACGCAUUAGCUAAGGCAUUAAAACGUCGCAACCUAACUUGCGAGUUCUGUGAGGUAACGGCCGGCAACAAUGACUAUCCGAUACCGUGGGAAACGGACGUAAGCGCGCUGAACUGCGAUGAAGUGUUUGUACGGAUUCUGGAUAUUGGUUUCCCAACGUAUAUUUCGCAUCAGUUUAUUCGAAAAACGUUUUUCUCGCUUGCGUUUUGCGAGUGCUGCCGUCGGCUGCUGUUCACCGGUUUCUACUGCAACCAGUGUAACUAUAGAUUCCACCAGCGAUGCGUCGACAAAGUGCCACCGAUAUGUAGCAAACGACACAUGGACAGCACAUUCUAUCAUGUGCUGUUGGCGAACCCAGAGAGCACGGCUGGAAUCAUUAAUCCGGGGGCUGGUGGGUAUAGUACUAGUUUGAGACAUCCGCGUUCACUCAAUCAGCACGAUCGUUCCAACUCGGCCCCGAAUGUUUGCAUUAAUAAUGUGAUAAAGCCAUUCUUUGGUGGGGAAAAUCGACACGUGAUCAGCAAUCGACCGCUACAGGCCCAAGCAAAUCAAGAGCAUUCUCAUUCCACGCAAGCAUCGCCCACAAAUACGUUGAACCACAGCAAAAGGCCUCGGGCCCGAUCGGCAGACGAAAGCAAUAAGAAUCUGUUGUCACCGAGAGAUUCCAAACAAUCGGAUGAAAAUUGGAACAUCCAGGCUGAAGAGAUUUUAAUAGGACAACGAAUUGGUUCUGGCUCGUUUGGGACAGUCUACAAAGCGCACUGGCAUGGACCGGUGGCAGUGAAAACGUUAAACGUAAAAACUCCCAGCCCGGCACAGUUGCAGGCAUUCAAGAAUGAGGUUGCAAUGCUCAAGAAAACGCGCCACUGUAACAUUCUACUGUUUAUGGGUUGUGUGAGCAAGCCGUCCCUAGCGAUCGUGACGCAAUGGUGUGAAGGUAGCAGCUUGUACAAACACAUCCACGUCAACGAGACCAAGUUCAAGCUGAACACGCUGAUCGAUAUCGCAAGGCAGGCCGCUCAAGGGAUGGAUUAUCUGCACGCGAAGAACAUUAUUCACCGGGAUUUGAAGUCGAACAACAUUUUUCUGCACGAUGAUUUCUCGGUAAAAAUUGGCGAUUUCGGACUAGCCACGGCAAAAGUGCGGUGGUCCGGUUCGCAACAGUCUAAUCAACCGACCGGUAGCAUCCUUUGGAUGGCCCCAGAAGUGAUUAGAAUGAAGGAACAGAACCCAUACUCGUUCCAAAGCGACGUGUAUGCGUUCGGGAUAGUGCUGUAUGAAAUGUUGACCGAGCAGCUACCGUACAAUCACAUCAAUAACAAGGACCAGAUACUAUUCAUGGUUGGCUGCGGUAAACUACGACCAGAUUUGACGAAGGUGCGCACUGACUGUCCGCAGGCGUUGAAAAGAUGCGUGGAGGAUUGCAUCAAGUUCAAUCGUGAUGAACGACCGCUCUUUCGGCUGUUGCUAAAUAUGCUGGAAAAUAUGCUUCGAACUAUGCCCAAGUUUCAUCGCAGUGCAAGUGAACCCAACUUCACUCAGACACAGCUACAAAACGAUGAUUUUCUGUACAUGUGUUCCAGUCCCAAGACGCCCGUUAAUUUCCAUAACUUUCAGUUUUACAACGGUUCAGGAAAUUAUUGA